UGUAUAUAUACAUUACAUUACUUAUCCUGUACUGAUCCUGAGUUAUAUCCUGUAUUAUACCCCAGAGCUGUACUCACUAUUCUGCUGGUGAGGUCACUGUGUACAUACAUUACAUUACUUAUCCUGUACUGAUCAAGAGUUAUAUCCUGUAUUAUACUCCAGAGCUGUACUCACUAUUCUGCUGGUGAGGUCACUGUGUACAUACAUUACAUUACUUAAAUACACUGCUUUGGAUACAGUUCCACACAUUAGAGGCUUAAAUAGACUGUAUGCCACAUGAUAGGAUUAGAUACAGCAGCUGACAGUAUACACAGCUCAGCACACGGUAUGUAUCACACAUGAAAGGAUUAGAUACAGAAGCUUAGUAGACAAUAUGAAAUAUCAUAGUUUAGAUACAUCUCUCAGCAGACAGUACCAACUAUGAUAUGCUUAGAUACACGUAUAAGCAGACUGUAUCACAUGCCCCGCAGAAUGUAUCCCCCAUGAUUAGAUACAUAUACUGACAUACCUGUGUCUCCUCGUAUAGCAGAGAUGGGGGAGCUGGGUCUGCAGGUGGAGGAGCUCAGGGGCCGCAACGCGCAGCUAAAUAAGACGAAACAACUCCUGGUGGCCGAAGGUGAAGAUGUGACAAGGAAACUGGAGGAGGAGACUAAGGCCAGGAUCUCGGCUGUGGCCUCCUUGUCUAGUCUGAUGUUGGAACAUGAGAUGCUGAAGGAUCAGCUAGAGGAGGAGAUGGAGGUGAAGGCCGAGCUGCAGCGUCUGAUCUCCAGACUGAAUGGUCAGGUGACUGACUGGAGGACGCGGUACGAGAACGAGGCCGGACAGAAGACGGAGGAGCUGGAGGAGGCCCGGAAGAAGCUCAGCAGCCGCUUACAGGAGGCAGAAGAAGCCCUGGAGGUGACUCAGGCCAAGUGCUCCAACCUGGAGAAGAUGAAACAAAGACUGCAAGGAGAGAUGGAGGACGUCUGCCUGGACCUGGAGAAGGCUAACACAGAAGCAUCAUCCCUGGAUAAGAAGCAGCGAGUUCUCGAUAAAGAAAUUACAGAUUGGCGCCAAAAGUAUGAAGAGAUCCGGGGGGAGCUGGAGGCGUCAGAGAAGGAAAGUCGUCUUCACGCCACCGACCUCUUCAGAAUCAGAACCGCCUGCGAGGAGACUCACGAACAUCUGACGGCAACAAAACGGGAAAAGCGGGCGCUGCAAGAAGAGAUAAGUGACCUGUCCGAGCAGCUGCAGAACCUCACCAAGACCCAUCAUGAGCUCCAGAAAUCCCGAAAGAAGAUGGAGAUGGAGAAAGAGGAGCUGCAGGCGGCGUACGAGGAGGCGGAGUCUGCGCUGGAGGCAGAAGAGAGUAAAGUUGUGAAACUUCAACUUGAGAUGACGCAGCUGAAGGCGGAUGCCGAGAAACGCAUCCAGGACAAGGAGGAGGAGUGUGAAGCCACCAGGAAGAACCACCAGCGCGCCAUGGAGUCCCUACAGACCAGCUUAGAGGCGGAGGUGAAAGGUCGGGCAGAGGCAACAAAGACAAAAAAGAAACUGGAAAAUGAAGUCAAUGAACUUGAAAUACAGCUGGAAGACAUCAACAAAAACAACGGGGAGCUAGUGAGGCUGGUGAGGAGGCAACAGCAGCAGAUCAAGGACCUCCAGACCCGGGUGGAGGACGAGUCACGUCACCAUGAUGACGCCCAAGAGCAGCUCAACCUCCUGGAAAGGCGGAAUAGCAUCCUGGCCUCAGAGCUAGAAGAGACGAGGAGUGUGGUGGAGGCCUCAGAGAGAUCUUACAAAUCGAUGGAGAUAGAGAUCAUGGAGCUAACAGAUAAAUGCAAUGAACUGAAUAAUCAGCUCCUGUCGGUCUCUGCUGUAAAGAAGAAGCUGGAGGGGGAUUUGCAGCAGGUGACGGCUGAGAAUGAAGAUUACGUGAAUGAGAUCCGGAUGUCUGAGGAGAAGCUUCGGAAAGCGUCAGCAGAGACAUCUAGAUUGGCAGAGGAACUGCAACAUGAGCAGGAGCGCACACAACACCUCCAGAAGAUCAAGAAAGGACAAGACAGUCAGAUCCAAGAGCUGAACGCCAAGAUGGAGGAGGCAGAGCAGAUAAUGCUGCAGGAUGGACGGAAGCUGGUGCAGAAGAUGGAGGCGCGGAUUAAAGAUCUUGAGAUGGACCUGGACACGGAGCAGAGGAAGCACAUAGAGACCACGAAGACACUGAAGAAGCAGGAGCGCCGCCUGAAGGAGCUGAACUUCCAGGCUGAAGAAGACCAGAAGAUGCAGCAGAGGAACCAAGACAUGAUCGAGAGGCUGCAAAGCAAACUGAAGGCCUACAAGAGAAUGGUGGAAGAGGCGGAGGAGCAGGCGACUCUGAAUCUCAGUAAAUACCGUAAAUCCAUCAGUGACCUGGACGAGGCAGAGGAGCGGGCGGAUGUGGCGGAGGUCGCUCUCACCAAGAUGCGCAGUAAGCACCGGGCCAGCUUCAGGAAAGGUUUCUCUUCUGGCCGCACGUCCCCCGCUGCCCUUCACCCCAGGACCCCCAGUGUAGCCGGCUCUGAGGGGCAGGGAGAGAGGCCGGAGGACAACCCUACAUCCCUCCUCCCAACCUACCUGGACUCCCUAAAGAAGUUCAUGACCGACUGAUGACUGGAAGAGAGGAUUCAAGAGGACGACUCCAGAGCUGAUGCUCCACGGGCUCCUGUCACCCGUUGGGGUCAGUGUGCCAUACUUUCUAUCCAAUAGUGCCAUUUAUUUAAAUUAAGGGGAGUGGCUAAUUCUUUAUGUCAGUUAUGGCGUUGGGACAAUUAAAAAAGAAAAUUGCAGAUUUGUCAAUGUCACAAGGAGAAGGAAUGUUGUCAGGACUAAUAAGGACCGUGUAUGAGAAGAUGACACGAUGAGAAAUCACUUGCUACAAAUUCAUGAUUUUCCUUAUUCUUGGCAAAAGUCGCAAAAUGUAACAGAUUUUUUCUUUCUGAAAUUUAGCGAUUAUUUAUGGCGGUUUUCAAAUGCGCCAAUGUAUAAAUCCGCCUCACAUAUACAGGGUCACAUGACUAUUCUUGUCCGCUUAAGUCGAUAUUCUACACAAGUUUUUUUUCUCUCAUAUGUACUGACAUAUUUUAUUUUACUCUAUAAAUGAUGUGAAUUAAAACUUGUGAAUCACUGAUUUUUUUUAUUUGAUAUAUUUUGUGUUUUUAUUCUUUUUUAUUUGACCUUAUUUACCUUAUUUUUAUUAUUUUCAUUUUAUUUUAAAUAUUUUGUGUAGUUUCUUAAUAUUUGACCUUAUUUUUCCUGAUUUUUGUUAUUUGUGUCUUGUUUUUGUAGUUUCUUAAUAUUUUAUUUUUUUCCUAAUAUUUUUAUAACUUUAUAUAAUUAUUAUUUUUUAUUUUUUUUGUCGGACCAGGGCAAAUUUACAUUAUCAUGGCUCCAAUGAAUAAAGCAAUUGUCCAUAUGAUGUAACAUUCCUUUAUAUGCAAACAAUAA